CGGGCCGCGGCUCCGCGGCGCUGGGCAUGCGCGGCGCUGGGGGCGAGCUCUGAGCGCGGUAGCGAGGGCGGGCGGCGCUGUUUCCUGUUCCUCAGGGCAGGAGGAGAAAGGGGGGAGCUCUGCAAAAGCUGGAAGUGUACAGAAAGGACUGGAGGCUGGUUCCUCAGGGCUCCUGAAUAAACUAAAAAAAUAUGUACCAAAAAAUGUCUGUGCAAUAGAUGGAAAGAGUUACUGCCUCAGCUUUCUCCCAUGGUACGACCCAUGUAAGACAACAGUAAAAACAGUGAAGAAGGGUGCAGCUCUUAAUUUCUGACUAAUUCCAUGAGAAAAUGGCUGGAACACCACUUAAAAUCAUGCAACUCUUGUCAUCUGUGAAAACUGCACGUGGGGGAGAACAAGCCACUUUCCAUCAUGAGGGUUUCUUUUGGAGGUGCUGGUUUAGUGGAAAUGUAGGAGAGAAUAAUUCCAGCAUGUGGAAUUUCUGGUAUACUAAUCAGUCACCUUCUAAGAAUUGUACACAUGCUUACCUGUCACCAUUUCCUCUUAUCCGAGAUGAACACAACUCAACCUCCUAUGACUCUGCGAUCAUUUAUCGAGGUUUCUGGACAGUUCUUAUGCUCCUGGGAGUGCUUACUGUUGUGAUGGCUAGUUUCAUCAUCAUCUGUGCAGCUCCUUUUGCGAGCCACAUUCUGUACAAAGCAGGAGGAGGCUUUCUCAUCAUUGCUGGUGUCUUGUUUUCGCUGGUAGUCGUGAUGUAUGUCAUCUGGGUCCAGGCGAUGGCUGAUCUGGAAAACUACACAAACAUGAAAAGAAUGGAUUGCCCAGACUUUACUGUUUAUGUACGUUAUGGCUGGUCUUUUAUGGUGGCUCCUAUAGGAGUAUUUUUUGCUUUAUUAGCAGGAAUGCUGUUCUUAUUGGUAGGGCGUGCCAUUUAUUUACACUCAGACUAGUCAUAAACUGCUGAAAGGAAUACAGGAAUCCUAGUGAAACUUCAUGACAAUUGUUAACUGGAACACAAUUUUGUACGUUAUUACCAUUAUGUCAAUCCUAAGUGUGCAGGCAGACUUCUGGAAGUUCUUCUGUUACUUGUUUAAGGGUAAAGGACAGAAAUCAAUGCAGGAAGAAACCACCUUUUAGUUCCAACUAGAUGUUUUUAAUUCUUUAGAAAAUACACACACAGUUCUCUGUAUUGUACUACUAGCAGCAUUUUUGCAGUUUGGCAAACAGAGGAAGGCAAAAAUUUUCUGCAGCCAAAAGCCCAGCAUCAAAUGGGCCAAAUCAACAUUUUAUGCAUUUUUCUUUUAGCAUUUACUUUGUGCUUCUGCUUGUGGAGAAUGGAACAAGGUAGAGGAGAAAACAAAUAUUCAUGCACAGUAAUUCAAUCUACCCCCUCUCCUGUUUUCCACUAUUUGCCUUAGCUUUAAUACACACAAACAUGUCUACACUUUAUAAAAAUAGAGUGCAGUUGUUCAUGCAGCAUCCAUGGAGAGAGGACAAGAGAGAAGACAAUUACUGUGAACAGUGACCUGGUGCUAGUCCAUACAUGUAGCAGCUUGUCUGCUUCUGUUACCUGUUUCUCUUUUCUGUAUACAUUUGAAAGCUGUAUACUUCUGUAUUCUGAAAUCCAUGUUUGUUGCAUGAUUCUGUAAGCCAAAAUACUGUAGUUAAAUCACUACUGAAGUUAUGCUAAAAUGGUACUUUGAAUUCUACCAAUAAUAUUUUAAUCAAGUUUUAACACUUUUAUUUUUUAAUGGAAUAAUUGGCUUCUCCAACAAACAUUUUCCUGGUUGUGUAAAAUGACGUUUUUAUUAAAAAAAGGUUUAUUAUACAGGCAAUAUCUAGGACAUAAAAAUGUAUGUUUUAUAUAGCCUUGAUUUUCCCAAAUAUUAAAAAUCUGCAUUAUAGACCAAAUCCAACUUGCCUACUAGACCUCCCAGGGAAAGCAAUGAGCCUAGCUAAAACAACAGGGGAAAUGGAUUUGGUUCUGUAUUAUAGAAGUGGCUGGUUCUCUGUGCGUAUGUCUGUGUGCGCACAUGUUUGGAAGAUGGGGUGAGAAUGGGACUGUAUGCAUGGUAUGGAAAAGAUGGGACGGAGUUUUAACGGUGGGGAAACUUUGUCUGGCAUUGGGCCCAAACUGAAAUGAAAUCCAUCUGAGGGUGCAUUGGUUUUCACUUUGUAACUCAAUGCAGAAUAGUUUGGGACUGCAUGUUGGUCUCUUUUUGUUCAUAAUGCUUAAUGCUGCAGCUGUUAUGAAUACUGAAAGCAUCACUAAAAGGCAGGAAAGGAGUGCCCACCUAGGUGUGGUGUGGUGGGCCAUUUCAGGAGCUUUUGUGAUUGGAAGCUUUCCAGCCUUCCCUGCUACUUAUUUAUUUUUCCAUCAUCAAGAUUAGCUUUAUACAUUAUAGAAUAAGAAGACAACAAGGUUGGGGGGUAAGGGAGAUGGGACUAUGAGGUCUGGAAUAAUUACCAAAUCACAAAAAUAUUUUUAUUGGCAUGGUGGUUUUAAUUAAUGUGUUAGAGUAUAGAAUGGAUGAAUUUUAACCAAAUAUCCAUAAGCAUACAUAUGAACUCCAUAUAAAUUAUACCCAUACGGAGAGCAUUACGGUUACACCAUAAUGCCCUUGUUAGUCAGGAAAUGCUGAAAUUAACCCUGCCCCUUGUGCAUAUGGUAUUAUAUUCCUGCCCUUAAUUACACAAUCACACACUGUUUCUCAAAUAAUAAAAUCUGUUGGUAUUUACCCCCUUUACAGUCUAGGAUACCCACUGGUAAUUGUGGAGGUAAAUUCAAUAAUCAAGAGUUAUUUGACUAGCUACCCCUCCAAAACUCUGUCUGCUCCUCUGCAGGGGGACAGUCUUCCACAAGAGCUUAGAUGGGGGAAAUGCACUUGAGCCACUUUCUUGCAACUUUUAGAAGCUGGAGGAAUUGGGAGGUGCCUCAGAACUGGACUUCUUCCAGCAAACCUAACCAUGUGCGCAGCAGCAACUAAUAUAGUCUGCAAGGAAUGAGCCAAGCGCUCCUGUGGAGCCCUUAAUACAGCCCAUGUGCAUCUUCAGAACUCUCUCCAUUAUGCAGCUAAAUUAGUUACACUUCUGUGUGCAAAGCAGCCUCUCUUGAAGGCAACGUUUUGGAUGAGAUUGUGGAUGUAUGGCUGUUGAAGAUCCGAGUUGUUUCUGAGGGUUCCGUAGGAAAUUUUAGGAAGCCUUUCUUGCAUCAGUAGAAAUUGUGUGAAUACUCAUAAAAUCUUCACUUGAAUUCACGUUUUUUGCAGUAGUCUGUAGCUCUAUCAGUUUGCUUUAAUUGGAUGCCACCACCUUCUCCUAAUGGCAGAGCUGAGAGUCAGGUUCCUUCUGAAAGGAUGGGGACAAGUUGCUUGCUCCCUCCAAAGCAUGAAUGUAGGUAAGCACACGAUGUGUAAUGAGUAACUACUGCAGACCAGGGAAUGGUGCUGAGGGUGGUGGGGAGGCAUUUCUGUGUGGGUGUUUCCUAAAAGCACAGUCUAAUUCUUGUUCUUCUGCUUUCAUUGAAGAACCACGUGCAGGGGAAUGGGUUUGUAAGAACUUGGGGAAGACAAGCCAGCUAAGGAGACUCGCUCCAUGGCGUUGUUCCAGACACGCUUUUGUCUAGAAAAUCCUUGGCGGCAAUACAGGGAUUUUUGUGAUUAGAGCUGAGCAAAAGAUUGUAAAGGGGAUUAAAUACUAUAAUCAAAAUAUUCUGUGAAAUUGGUCAAAGAACUGUGUUCCAUAGAAAUCUGUAGGGUUUGGGGAUUUUCUUUUUUUUUUAUUACCUGUGGUCAGAUUGGAAGAAAAGAGAUUAUUAAUUUUUUUUAAGUAACGUGUUUGGAAAAGUGAUGGUAAAAGGAACAGCUAGCUAAGAAGCAUUUUCUGUUUACUUUCAAUCUGACAAUCAUCCACUUGGCCAGUGCAAACAUAGUGAGGACCGUGACUGCCCACAAAGGAGGUAGUAAGAAAAUGAGCGGAUGGAGGUGAGAAAGAAGGGAGACAAAAGAGAGUGAGCAUCCCCCUGUCAUGCCCUCUGCCAGCCCGCUGUGCAGCUGUUGUGGAUUCCUAGGGGAUGCACUGACACAAUGUGGCAAAGGCAGCUGCAGAGAAAAACAGUCAGAAAGAGAUUUGCCCGUUUAUCCUUGUUACUCAUUUGGGUGGCUGCUGGAGGUUUCACUGGAGCUGACCUUCAUGAAAUAUGUGGCUGUUUAUUGACAUUUACGUUAGUGAGGUAAAGCAAUGGUCUCCUUUGAGGAAAUGCAAAAUAAAGCCUGCUUUAUUUCUCUGCAGGGUGCCUAGCUGAUGCAGCUGAGACUGUAGUCUAUAGUGUGCUAGUAAACCACUAGUAGGACAAAGCUAAGUAGUGCCUGCAUUGCUAUCCUCAUUCUUGCAAAAUCCUAACUGUCUGCAAAGUUUGUUGUGCUUAUUAUCUUUUAAGAAGUCACAUUGAACCUCUUAAAUGAGCUAUUUACUUUCUGAUGCAGCAGCUGGGUUUUCCUCUGGCUAUCCUGUUCAUAUCUGUCAUUUUGGCAGAGUGAUUUCCAGGCAGUGAAGACUAGAUGAAGUAUGUUCACAUGAAAUUCUGCCGUGUUAACUUUGAGUAAGUCUGGAUUAAUACUGCUGAAGUUGGUGGAGACACUGAAAUUGAAAACAGAAGUCAGUCAUCUAUAAUGAAAAGUGACAGAAGAGAUGAAGAAUCACAAGUAUUUACAGUACCACUUUUCCCCCAUGUCUCUUACUCAUGUUACCAAUUUAAACUGGUCUGUCUUUCCAGUGCACAAUGUGGCCAUCCACCCAGGAGAUAGGUUGACAAUAGGGAUCAGGGGAGACAUUUGACAUGCAGGUAAGAGGGAAUGUUGGGCUAGGCUGGCAGCAUCUCCUGUAUCAGACACCUCCAGACUCUGCACUUGAUUUGUCUUUACAUCCUGAUGAGCCCAGAGGAGCCUCAUAGAGUGCUGCAAGUCUCCAAAUUUUGAUGUGAGCAUAAGAAGGCCUGGAGCAGUCACCCCAGGUUAUUCGCCAUAUAUUUGUUCCUCAUCUGUUCCCAAAAACUGCCAAGGAUGCACUUACUACAAACUAGGGUCAUCCUUUACAAAGUGAAGAUGCCUUUCACUCUGGGAGAUAGCCACUCUGAACUGGGUUGCAGCAAGGGGAUGGUCUCAGCAGUCGUACUUCACAUUUGGCACACCUUUCUCCCCUGUCCCUGUUCCCCAAGUGACCAAGGAGAUGUUUUCCAAAGUGACUUGCACGUGAUUCAGGUUUUAAACAGAUUAAGAAAAAGACCUUAAAUUAAUGCAUCUUUAAGAUGGAAACGUAUCUGAAACAGAAAGAAACUGAGAAAGAUAAUGAAAAAUGUUCCCCUCUACUUUUCCAUACCACAUCAGAUUGACUUAUCCUCUGUUAUGUGGCUUUGCUUUGAAACAGAUCACUCUCGUUGCAACACGUUUAAUGCUGCCAGCCACCACAUGGUUAUUUGGCAGCUAUUUAAAGCUCAGAUCAUAUUACUCUGUCACAGUGCUAGGCACCCAAGUUCCAACUGGUAUACAACUGAUCUAAAGAGAAAUCAGCUUCAGGUUUUGUUCUCUGAAAUUAAAUGUGACGGCAUGAUCUCUAUGAUCCUUUUUUUUGCCCCCUUUUCUCUUUUUUUGGUAUGCAUUAUUACUUUUGGAACGGCGUUUUACUAGCACCACAGGGGAAAUUCAGUUAGGUUGUCAGCCUGAUACAGUGUAUUAUCAGACGCGUUAGCUUUUCUUCCCUCUUACAUUUGCUUAAGAGCUUAUAAACCACAGAGAAUAAAAAGUGCUCAAUAGAAUGAAAUGACCUGUCAAGGGUAGAUACAGUAUUUGUGAAUGACUUUAAAAAAAUUCCACCAGCUUCGUGCACUCCAGUCUCACUCACUAUCUGUGCUGUGUUAAAAUUUGGCCUUUUUCUUUUAUCCCCGAAGUAAAGCGCUUUGAUGGUCAUUGAUCUUUGAUGAUUGCUUCUUGAAAAGGACUAAUUUUGUCUUCCCAUAUUCGGUCCAGGAUGAGAUUUUGUAGCAGGAGAGAAUGCCAUUAUGAUAUUUGAAAUAGGUUUGAAUCCUGCUCCUAAUAUAAUGAGCCUAAUCUUAUAUUUUACAAAACAUUGAACAAAGUCAAGACAAGUGACUCCCAAGAAGAAUUAACCAAUAAAUACUUUACACUGUGGGGAAUUUUAUUAUUUUAUUAAUGGAGAAUAGGAGAAUUUUCCAUAGGAAAUAAAGUAACUGCUCUCAUACCCAGGUCACUGUUAACCCUGAUAGAUGUAUUAAAUUGUAGAGCUGGGGAGAUUAGCUUCCCUUUAACCUCUCUCAGGAAAUAUGGGAUAGUGCUAUAACCAGAAGCUCCAGUGAGUGUUGAUUAGGAAACAGGAGUUCCAUAUGUAAUCCUUCUUUCACUUCUUUUCUUUGAAAAUCCUGUCCAUGUCUUGUUCCACCGCUUUCCAUCAAAUAUAUUGAAAACCUUUUCAGGGUUUAAAGCUUUGCCCUGAACUUUAAAUAGCAACUUACUAGCAAAGCAAUAUGAAGAGAAUAUUCCUAUAUUCUCCAGGACUAGUGCUAAGGUUAUAAUGUAACUUGUUUCUUUGGCAUGUACAUCACAUAAUCUGGCACAAGAGCACCACUUUCAGUGUUCCCUGAGAACAGGCUUUAGGGAGGGAAGUGUUAAAGCUCCCUCAGAGCACCGCAUGCUUUGCAAUGCUUGCAUGCUGCCACCAGGCAAGCAACAGUCCUGGACAUGCUUAGUGCUGAGACAAGCCUGCACAGCUGCAUGAGCUCUUCAAGGCCCUCAGCAGGGUCCAGGCAUGAGAGGUUACAGCCUAAAAUGUACUCUCCAGAGAUGUUUAAGAAGCAAUGUAGUGUAAACAUACCAACUAGCUCCAAAAAGUUAGAGUACUGGACUCUGCCAGCUGAUCGUGACCACACUGUUUGUGCAAGACAGAGUUCGUUAGAGAUGAGAACUGAUAACCUGGACUGUUCUUUCUGCCUUGCCUACAGAAACAAGACCCAGUGUGCCAACACUGUGGCCUCGUCAUUGUGGCUCCUAAUGCUUGGUUUGUUCUUGGAGCUACACAAUACACUAUUAAUUUGUGCAUUUCGCAGAUGUUAGCUAUGUCUGAGGAAACCAGCCUGGUAGGAUUCAGAACAGACAUGGUAUGUGUAGGUUGUGGCUCUUCAGCUGGAUUGAUAGAGCACUGUACAGAAGCAGUGCAGAGCUUCACAUUUCCUUGGAAGAUUUUUCUGAUAGACUACUAACUCUGUUUCUUUCUACAAAGAAUGCAGUUCACAGGAGGUACUUGCUUCUAGCUGCAGUCAGAAAAAAAAAAUGCAGCCUGAUCAAAAAAAAUCCAACUCCUGUCAGCUUUGUUUUUCCAGCCCUAAUGAAAAACUAGUAGUAGUACCUUAUUGUACCAACAGUCCCAUAGAAAUCAGUGUCACAAGGCAAUGACGUACAUGCUCAAAGACAGGAUGGUGACAGGUGGUUCUAGUACGUAAGAUCCUCUCAUAAGUCUGACCUGUGAUUCACCCGGUAGGAAAAUAUUUGGAUAACCUUUCUGCAGUAAGUAGCAUUGCUUUAUAAUUCAGAUGUAUGGGAAUAUUGAGUAAUUAUAUUCCAAUUAUUAAUCACUAUAAAAAGGCAUGUGUGACACUUUUUCUCUUCAGAAAAGAAUCCCAACAAAUUCUAUGCAUAUUUCAAUGUCAGUGAAAUACCCUUCAGAUUGUCCUUGGUAAUCUGUGCCCAUAUCUCUGCUGCUCCAGUGAGACAAGCAAAUCCCUGGAAGACUCUGCAUGAAUCAGCAGUGGGUUCUUUAAUUUAAUAAGGAGCUUCUGCACUCAGAGAGAGAGGAAAUUAAUGAACUAAGGAGACCAAAGUAGAAGCCCCAGUUAGAAGCUAAUGCCCUACAUGUUGGUAUCUGAAACUCUUUGAUCGGUCAUAUGCUUGGGUUAUUUGGUCAGAUCCUUAUUCCGGCACAGAUACACUACCUGUUCAGUUAUUGCCUGUAUGCCUAGACAUAGGGAUACCUUUAGAUGCAAAAAUAUCUAAAAUCUGCUCAAUAGUAGAAAGAAGAUAGGGCUCUGAGAGAGGGAUUUAGCAAAAAGCAUUUGGCCCAUAUGAGCUUUUCAGUGUACUGGAUGAACUUCUGCUGAUGAAGAAUGCCAAAGGCAUGGCUUUAAGUGGGAAAAUGACACUUAGACUACAUAAGCUUCUGAACUACCUGUUCUUCCAGUGUAAGACAAACAGUUGGCAAUAAAAAACUCUGACCUAAUGAGACAGG